GUAACGUUUAGAUUUGCACUAUGGUUACAAUGUAAAUAAUGACGUACGAAUUGCGUAAAUGGAAAUACCCGAAAAUACUAUAACACAUUACUAUCGAUUUCGCCUAGUGUACACAGAUUGACAAGUGAAACAGAUAUCAAGGACAGGAGUGCGUGGUCUCUUUUCCGCCAACAUGACGCUAGCGUGACCGGCAUGGACUCUGAGCUGGACAUCACUGGUGACGAAUCUCUCGAAGACGUGGAUGACUCGUGUCUCAUGAGCGUCGCGGUGCCGGGCUCCGCCUUCACCACCCCGGAAUGGAAAGGUCGCGGCAAAAAGGACAAUGCCACGGCCGAGCUGGCCGCGGACGAGGAUGUGUUUGUGAUUCCAGAAGUUCCGGCAACCAAAAAAAUAUGCACAGAAAUCACAAGCGUAGACUCCGAAGCGGUUACAAGGGAAGAACUCAACAAAGAAGCCGAAAAGGAACCGUCACAAGAUUUAUCCGCAAAAAGGGGUCGUUCCACGGAAAAAUCCGGGAAAACAUCACCGCAGAAAUCUCGCUCGAGUGGUGGGAAGAAGAGCGUGUCGCCGCGAAAGGAUUCGGAAAAGAGAAAAGUCUCCCAUUCGCCGGCUGACUCAUCCCCCGAGAAAAGAAUCGCUUCCGAGUCGCCAGCCAGACGAAACCAGGAGAAAAGAAAAGCUUCCUCGCCGGUCACGGAGAGGAAAAUGAAGUCGAAGUCUCCUAAUUACAAAGCGAAGGAGGAAAAAAUUAGUUCAUCAAAGGGUACUGGGGAGAAUAAAGUGGCGCAGUCGCCCAUCAAAGAAUCCUUAGAGGGAGAUAAAUCCCCUUCCAAACAAAAGUCGUCUGCUUCGCUUACCUCCCCUGGUGCAAGUAAAGCUGGGCAGAAAGCCAAACCGAAAGUCACGGAAAAAGAUGCGGAACUUCCAAUGGCUAAGACGGACGCGAAAAUCAAUAAAAACGCCAGAAAACCUUUCACAGUUACUGCAACCUCUGAAAAGGACGUUAGAAAGGCUGCUAAUAAAAAUGUUAGCAAUAAGAUCACAUAUUCACCAAACAUGGCACGUGCGAAAUCCGUUCGCGUUUCCGUGUCGAUGUCCGAGAAGAGCCAGGCUGACGCCACUUUGGCGGCAACAAAUUUCACAAGGAUUGCAGGGGAAAAAAGAGAUGCAGGGGUAGAAAUGGCAGCAGAGAAUUCACCAAGAAAUGCUGGAAAAGAGAAAGAUGCGGUGGCUGAAAAGGCAGAGGUUGCUGAUAAGUCUGGGAGGUCCCUGGUAAAAUUGGUGGGAGAUAAGCCAGAAAAGUCUAAUUUAAACAGGCGAACCUCGACAAGGUCUGUUCUAGAUACGCCUGAGAUCUCGUCACCUAAGAGGGCUACAAGAGCUGUGGUGGAGGAAUCUGUGGCCGAAACACCCGAGCAUGCCACUGGGAAAGCUGGCAAGAAAGCUGUCGAAUCAAGACUCUCCCUGAACACGCGCCGAGUGGCAGGAAGUGGGUCAGCUACGCAAAAGUCUACGCCAAAAGCCGGGGCAGCCAGCAGAGGCAGAUCCAGUAGAAGACCAGUCAAGAAAGACGGGGCUAAGACUGUAUCCCAGACAGAAAAUACUAAGAAAUCAGUCAAGCGUUUAAUCCCGUCAUCCGCGAGUUCGUCACCAGAGAAACGAGUAGCCAAGUUAACCAGGGUGGCCGCCGCCAAGAAGGCUGCCAGCUCUGAAGAUGCAAGUCUCGCCUCACCGAAUAAUCACCAAAAAUUUGCGGAAAAGUCAGCGCCCGUCGAACGCAAGGCUUCGUCCAUUAAACCGUCGUCCAAGACUGAUGAAGACGAAGAGGACACCCUUGUCCGUAAAGCACGACCCUCGCGCCGCAGUGCUAACGCGUCUGCCUCGGCAUCUGUUCUAGUGUCCCCUCCCCCCUCCGCGGCACGAGUCACCCAUGCCUCCCUGUCCCAGUCCAGCACGCAGUCCCCGAGGUCACCAGGGCGUGGUGGGGUCAAGUUCACUACCCAGGUGUCAAGGUCAAGCAGUCAAAGUCAGGAGACGCCGGCAGCCGGACGUAUAAUGAGAGGUAGUGGAAACAUUGGCAGCCUUCCCAGCAGUAGCAUGUCUCUGAUCUCCACCCUGGCAUCACAGUCUACAGGCUCACAGCAUACAGGUUCCCAGUCUUCCACCGCGUCUCAUGCCUCCAGGAAACCGGCCGCCGCCAUAAGGCUAGACAAAAUGGAAGGACAUGAAACGAUCAACAGGACGGUCGAUUGCCUGCCUCGUGUGCCGGCAUUGCCUCGGGAAACAGGAACAAAGAACAAGGUACGUGUUCCAAGUUCGAAACUCAAUCGUGGUGAUAAAAGAGUUGGCAUCAAUCAGGAUCCAUCGAGGCGGUCAACCAAGAGACGGGAUCAACAUCUCGUCACACACUUACUGAUUCCAGAGUAUUUCCCAGCAUUAUCUAUCCGGAUAUCGGAUGUAUUAGAUGAUAUUGGAGCCGGAAAAUGCACUGUAAUGGAGCGGAGAGGAACUUACUUGCGGAUAGAGCGCAUGAUGAUGAUAGCAAGACAAAUAACGGGUAUUAGAGAGGAUUGUUUUCAUUUCGGGAGUCAGUCAGAAGGUUCUACCACUCCCGGUCUCAAUUCUGAUAUUGAUUUGCUAAAAAGUCACAACGAAGCGAACAUCAUGACAGACUGGAGAGACUGGGAGGCUGGGAUAGAUAACUUUCUGAUGCUUCUUGACGAAAACACGCCACCUCAACAGUACUUGCUACAGGUCUUUGACAAAUGCAAACCGGAAGCGGCUACCAGUAUUGAAGAUAACAUGUAUGUAAGGAAAGACUCUGGGCAAGUACUGUUCAGCUCAGAACGAUGGAAACAGGAUUCAGAGAAAAUAUUGUCAGAUUCAAAAAACAGAGAGAUAUUCAAAAACGGACCUUCUGUGAGUGGUGAUCCCAACUGGGAUAUUGUAAGCGCAGUGCACGUCUGCAAACCCCUAUCUGAAAUACGACACUGGAUAGACAGAUGUAGAGGUAAACACUGGCCGCCUGCCCAAUGA